AUGGCAGCAACAGUGGGAUCUCUCUUUUCUCUCAGCGGCAGGACUGCCAUCAUUACUGGCGGCACACGAGGCAUUGGCCAGGCAAUGGCCUUUGCCUUGGCCGAAGCCGGCGCGGAUAUUAUUCUGAUCCAGCGAGAUACCUCCAAUACAUCCACCAAGGACGAGAUUAUCAACCGCAUUGGUCGCAAGGCUUACAUCCACGUCGCCGAAUUGUCAGAUCGCAAGGCUGUGAAGGAGAUUAUCCCAACAGUAGUCAGCCAAGGACUCAAGCCUGACAUCCUGGUAACAUGCGCGGGUAUCCAGCGUAGACACCCAGCUCACCAGUUCCCUGACGAGGACUGGGAUGAGGUUCUUGAGAUCAACCUCUCCUCCGUAUUUCUGAUCUGCCGUGAAUUCGGCGCCUAUUUACUAUCCCGCGAUGCUUCUGAGUUCCCCUCAGGCCGUCGCGGCUCCAUCAUUAAUGUCGCCUCCCUCCUGACUUUCCAGGGUGGUAUCAAUGUUCCUGCCUAUGCAGCUUCCAAGGGAGGUAUCGGGCAGCUGACCAAGGCUCUCUCAAACCAAUGGGUCGGCGAGGGUAUUAAUGUCAACGCUAUUGCUCCGGGAUACAUUGAUACUGAUAUGAAUGUUGCGCUCAUUAAUGAUGCCGAUCGCAAUGCUGGUAUCAUGGCCCGAAUCCCUGCUGGACGAUGGGGAAAGCCGGAGGAUUUCAAGGGUGUGGUUGUGUUCUUGGCCAGCGCUGCUAGCAGCUAUGUUUCAGGAGAUGUUAUCACAGUUGAUGGUGGGUGGAUGGGACGGUAA